AUGGCGCCGAAACGAGCACCGGGCGUUACGGAGAAUGUGAAGAUCAGACAGGCCGUGCUGAUAGACGAACUGCGCAAGCUCGAGUGGUCGCCCGCCCCGCACACCACCGCCACGGCCUCAUACCUCUCGGCCCCGCCGGCGACCAGCGCGCGCUGCUCGAAACCGCCGUUGACGCCCCACCACGCCCAGCAGCGCCGAUGGCACAGCAACCCUGCGGAGCAGCAGGAGCGACAACCACCCAGACGGGCGCCAUGCGUAGUCAGCCCGGCAGUCGGCCGCACGAGCUACGUGGAGGAGGAGGAGGAGGACAAGAAGCGGAAGCUGCGACCAGUCGAGGCCCUUAGGGUGGUGCUCGGCCUGCGGCCACGACGGAAGAGCUUUCAGAAGUGCCUUGCUCAACAACUCUAG